AUGAACGUCAACGAAAUAGACGCCAGAGAGAAACGUCUCAAGAAAGAGCUUCUCGCUUGCGUACAAAUGCAGCGCAACAGCAGAGAAGGCGGGAAGAGGAAAGCAGGCAGGAGCGGGCUGCACGGCAACAGAUCCAUGCAGAACGUCAACGCCAAAGACGGGCAGGAGAAAGCACGCCAAAGACGUUCAGGAGAAAGCAGUCAGGAGCGGAUCAGACGGCAACAGGGCAACGCAGGACGUCAGCGGAUAAGACGAGAAGGAGAAAGCGAGUCAGGAGCGGGUCGCACGACAACACAACAAUGCAGAACGUCAGCGCCAAAGACGGCAGGAGAAAGCAGUCAGGAGCGGAUCAGACGGCAACAGGGCAACGCAGGACGUCAGCGGAUAAGACGGGCAGGAGAAAGCAGUCAGGAGCGGGUCGCACGACAACACAACAAUGCAGAACGUCAGCGCCAAAGACGGGCAGGAGAAAGCAGUCAGGAGCGGAUCAGACGGCAACAGGGCAACGCAGGACGUCAGCGGAUAAGACGGGCAGGAGAAAGCAGUCAGGAGCGGGUCGCACGACAACACAACAAUGCAGAACUUCAGCGCCAAAGACGUUCAGGAGAAAGCAGUCAGGAGCGGAUCAGACGGCAACAGGGCAACGCAGGACGUCAGCGGAUAAGACGUGAACGCGAAAGCAGUCAGGAGCGG